AAUCAAUAAUCAACACUCUUCGACCGUUGGCCAACGUGAGGGCUUAUCAUUCAAAGCCUAGCAGAUGACGCAGUGCACGACUACUAAGCAUUGCUAUCGCCCCAAGCCUGUGCUACAACGAAUUACACGACCAUGCGAGGCAUCGCAAACCCUGCCGAGAAUGUCGCCGCAGGUAACAGUCGGCGUCGCGGGCACCGUGCGAAAGCAGCCUCCAUCUCGCACCCCAUACCGCAAGGCCAGAGGAGCUCCUUCUUGACCAUCGAAUCGAGCGGACCCGUUAUGCGAGUGAUCUCAUCAGGCAGUGGUGGCGGCAGCAGCGCAGCUCCAGCCUCGGCUUCGUCACCUGGGGCUGCUUCCGCAGCAGCUUCGCCCGGCCGCGUGCACAUGAGUCUUUUCGCAUCGACGGAUUGGACUCGUCACCCAGCACCGUCGGAAUCGCCGCCCACACCGACGACAAACGCGACAUCGACAUUGACAAAUGUGCAUCGCUCCUUAUCAAGAGCUGGAAACCCUGCUCAGCUGUUACACCCAGUCUCUGGGGAUCACCACAAUGUCGGCAGCGUCGGCGCCGCCUCUUCACCUGUCAUCUCUAGACUCACUCCACCCCCGCUGCAACCUCUAGCCCCGACGCCUACGUUCAUCACCACCGCGGCUGCGGGGAACACGGGCAAUCCGGCUCCAGGAUCGGCACUCUCUCGUUUCGGCAGCGAGCAUCGCGCGGCAGGGGGCAACAAUUCUGGGGGCACCGCAAUUGCUACCAACAGCAGCAGUGAGAGCGUUGCCCAGCGAGAACGCGAGCGAGAACAGAGGAUCAGGGUCACCUCUCGCGAUGGUAUCGAGCUCGCCGCGGGCAGCAGCAGCAGCCCUUCCCUCUCCCUCGGCCAAGCCAGCAGUAGCAGCGGCGCACAGCGGCGCCCCGUAUCCCACCUCUCCCCCCUCAGCCUUCAUCCUUUUGGUGAUGACAGGAAGGGGCUGGAUAGUGGCGAAGGCGUCAAGGGAAGGAUUCGAGGAACGUCAAGUCAGGCGAGUGCUGCGAACCUUUCGCUUGAAUUAUCAACGCCAGUAGCCCAAUUCGAUGUCCAUCCUACUUUUCGGUUUGACGCAACGCACCGUGGCACCGUGCUCGUCAAAGUGCAGGGCGUCAAGUUCUGGGUGCAUGAGGACAUCUUGCGUUUCAGCUCGCCUUUCUUUGAGGAUCUGCUCGAAGGAGGAUGGAAGGAAAGCAGGCUCAGCUGGCGAAGCUCGUUUUUCGGCAGCGAUGAAGCUGCAUUGCAUGCGCCCGAAGUGGCACUGCCACUGGCAACUUCUUUGCCUACGCAUGCCGUACAGCCCAUUCCAUCGAACAUCACACCGCCUCAAUCAGAUGUUCGAGCGCUCCCUGAGCCCGCCCUACCUCCGGCUGUGGUCUCAAGUCAUGAGGCGAGCGACACAAGUGGCAGAAGAGCAACUGCAGAGGAGAUGGAUGCGUGGCUGGCGCGCUCGUUGCGUAAAGGAUCCGUGAGAGCCUCCUUCGUGACGGCGUACACGGAAUUUGAAGAGAGCAUGCAAGGCGCUGCCUUACCGUCCUCAAUCUCUGAGCCGCACGGAAGCCGUCCGCAACUGCACGAUCGUGAACCGAGCGAUGCCAGCUCCUCCUCCAUGGUCUCUGCCAACCCAAUGUCCGCCGAUGAGAAGGAUUUGCAGCGGGCCGCCACAAUCAAACGCCUCGAGAGGGGCGGGGGCAAGGCCAGCUUGCAAACAAGCGGAAACAAGCAUGGGCAGCGUAGGGCAAGCGAAGGAAGCUUGCCGCUGGCUGCAUUGCUGCAGCCGCAGCCGCAAGCGGAGGCGCAAGCCAUAGAGAUACCAUGCACAAGCACCACUCGCCUUGUGAAGGACAACCCAACGCCAUCAUCUCUGCCCGACGAGCCGCAGAGCCAAGGAGGCGAUCAGUUCAUCGGCGGUCUUGGCGACGGUGCGAUGCUCUCCGCCUCGCAGUUCAAGGCCCCGCAGCGCCCACGGCAGAUUCAAGGCGUCAAAGCGUACGUAGAACUGCACGAGGAGGACCCAUCGACGUUCCAGGACUUCCUCUUCUACAUCUACCCGCACCUCGACUGCGCUAUCACCUGGCUCUCGUGCGGCUCGCUGCUCUCAUUUUCCGAUAAAAUCGGCGCACCGUUUCUGCAUAAAGCCUGCCUCGACUUUCUGCGCGCGUCCUUGGCCGGCAGGCCGAUUGAGGCGAUGCGCCUGGCGGAAGAGCACCAUCUGCCGGACGUGUACAAGGAGGCUAGUAGGCACGUGCUCGAUAAUUGGACCGCUUGGCAGCGGGAGGAGCUGGAGGCAUUGAGCUCCGAGACGCUCUUGAAGCUCGAACGCCGUCGCUCCUGGUUCCUCGAACGCGUGCUGAAGCUCGGUCUGGCGAACCCGCUGCGCGACUACGAAUGUCACUCUACCUGUCCAGAUCCCGCGGCGUGCGCGAAAGGCCUGCAUGAGCGCUGGCAAUCCGGCUACGCCUCGUCGUGCCGGUUCGCGCCGCCGCAGCCGAGCGGGAUCUGGAGGUAUCUCCGCGAGCUGGAUGGCGCGUCUCCCCUGCCGCUUAGCGCGUGUAACAAUGCGGCGAAGGCGUGGCGCGAACUGCUCUUUGACCGCAUGUUCAACCUGCCAAGCGUGCCACACGGCGGGCAUAAACGCCAGUUUCUGCAUAUCAAGCUGGAGCGCUAGCUAGGCUUUGCAU